AUGACAUGUCGGACGCCACGGUACGGGCCCGGCUCGGUCCAGCCAGACACCCCACGUCAGGAUGGGGCAAAGUUGUAUGAGUACAAACCAGCGCAGAACUACACAAACUCCAACAUUACCUACCCGGAUAGCAGCCACAACCUGUUCCAAAUGAUCAAGUGCCACGAGGACAGCUUACUGCGCUUGCAUCACUUGACAGCAGCCGGCCGCCACAACACCUACGAGCAGAACUACCAAAACGAGCUCCCCUGGUACUCUAAACAGCAGUACAUAAAGCCGGCCGAAUACCUGGCUUACGAGGACACGCUUCGUAAAAAGUUCGACGAGAAAGAGAAGGAAGACGAGAAAGAUAAGUUUGAGAGAAAGAAACCGAGGAGGAACAGAACCACGUUUUCGAGUCAGCAGCUUGCGGCGCUUGAGAAGGUAUUCGAAAAGACACAUUAUCCCGACGCGUUCGUGAGAGAAGACUUGGCAGCGAGGGUCAAUCUUACAGAAGCCAGGGUUCAGGUAUGGUUCCAAAAUCGUCGCGCCAAAUUCCGCCGAAACGAGCGCUCAGCGCUCUCCGGCCGCACCCUGGUGUCCUCAUCCGAGCCCGUCCCCGUCCCCAUCGGCCAGCCCGACCGACCCGAGCUCAGAAACAAAGACUGGCUACACUUCCAACCCACCUUCAACGUGCCAAUCGUCAACCCCGUGUACCAAAACGAGUACCUAAUGAUGCAGAAUAAUAGACAGUACGUGCAGAACUCGCAGCUCAUGGGGUACAACGAGGGAUACUCGUGCGGGCUGAUGGGGUACACCGCGCCGCUGCAGUCGCACGCGCCGUACAACCUGAACCUGAGGCACCGCGAUUUUUCUAUUAAUAAUAUUACUUUAUAA